GAUGCCAAGACAGUCUGGGUGGUGACUUCCGGCUUGCUGAAGAAAGUUGAGCUGGGGAGGUUUGCUGGCUCCUGGGUUUUGCAAAAUGGAUAGCCAGGGAAGGAAAGUGGUGGUUUGUGACAAUGGAACCGGGUUUGUGAAGUGUGGCUAUGCAGGCUCCAACUUCCCCGAGCACAUCUUCCCUGCCUUGGUGGGCAGGCCAAUCAUUCGCUCCACAGCCAAAGUGGGCAACAUUGAGAUUAAGAAUAUUGAGAAGAUGGACCUGAUGGUGGGCGACGAGGCCAGCGAGCUGCGCUCCAUGCUAGAGGUCAACUACCCCAUGGAGAACGGCAUCGUCAGGAACUGGGACGACAUGAAGCACCUGUGGGACUACACCUUCGGGCCUGAGAAGCUCAACAUCGACUCCAGGAACUGCAAGAUCCUGCUCACCGAGCCGCCCAUGAACCCCACCAAGAACCGAGAGAAGAUCAUUGAGGUGAUGUUUGAGACGUAUCAGUUCUCAGGGGUCUACAUUGCUAUCCAGGCUGUGCUGACGCUCUACGCCCAAGGCCUGCUGACAGGUGUUGUGGUGGACUCUGGGGACGGUGUGACACACAUCUGUCCGGUGUACGAGGGCUUCAGCUUGCCCCAUCUGACACGACGCCUGGACAUCGCUGGGAGGGACAUAACCCGCUACCUCAUUAAGCUGUUGUUGCUGAGAGGCUAUGCGUUCAACCACUCGGCGGACUUUGAGACGGUGCGUAUGAUGAAGGAGAAGCUGUGCUACGUGGGUUACAACAUCGAACAGGAGCAGAAACUGGCUCUGGAGACCACCGUGCUGGUCGAGUCCUACCAGCUCCCAGACGGCAGGGUGAUCAAGGUGGGAGGGGAGCGUUUCGAGGCUCCAGAGGCUUUGUUCCAGCCCCAUCUCAUCAACGUAGAGGGAGUCGGGGUGGCAGAGCUGCUCUUCAACACUAUCCAUGCAGCAGACAUCGACACCAGGUCUGAGUUCUAUAAACACAUAGUGUUGUCAGGUGGAUCCACCAUGUAUCCAGGUCUUCCAUCUCGACUAGAGAGGGAGCUCAAACAGCUCUACCUGGAACGCGUGCUGAAAGGCGACGUGGACAAACUCUCGAAAUUUAAGAUCCGCAUCGAGGACCCGCCGCGGCGUAAGCACAUGGUGUUCCUGGGCGGGGCCGUGCUGGCGGACAUCAUGAAGGACAAAGAUAACUUCUGGCUGACCAGGGAGGAGUACCAGGAGAAAGGUGUCAGGGUGCUGGAGAAACUGGGAGUCACUGUCAGAUAAAGACCUCCACAAUGUUAAAGACACCACACACAAACACACACACAAACACACACACACACACACACACACACACACACACACACACACACACACACACACACACACACACACACAGCCAAAUAUUCACCCAAACACUGAAGGGUCAUCAUAGAGAAGCACCUAGAAUGUUGUAUGUGUAAAACACACAGACACGGUUUCCUCCCCCAUGGCAGACUAGAUAUCUAUUUAUCCUUCUUCCUCUUCUAAACAACAGAAUCACAGCAUCACCGUAGGGAGUGAUGACGCCCUCCUUCCUCUCCUCCUGUCGUCUGAUGGCCUAGUAUAGUUUAGCUAAGGGUUGGUAGUAGAGUUCAGGACAUCACUCCUCUAGCCCUCCUCUCCUCCUGUCUUCUGAUGGUCUAGUAUAGUUUAGCACAGGGUUGGUAGUAGAGUUCAGGACAUCACUCCUCCAGCCCUCCUCUCCUCCUGUCUUCUGAUGGCCUAGUAUAGUUUAGCUAAGGGUUGGUGGUAGAGUUCAGGACAUCACUCCUCCAGCCCUCCUCUCUUCCUGUCUUCUGAUGGUCUAGUAUAGUUUAGCACAGGGUUGGUAGUAGAGUUCAGGACACCACUCCUCCAGUCCUCCUCUCCUCCUGUCUUCUGAUGGCCUAGUAUAGUUUAGCACAGGGUUGGUAGUAGAGUUCAGGACACCACUCCUCCAGUCCUCCUCUCCUCCUGUCUUCUGAUGGCCUAGUAUAGUUUAGCACAGGGUUGGUAGUAGAGUUCAGGACACCACUCCUCCAGUCCUCCUCUCCUCCUGUCUUCUGAUGGCCUAGUAUAGUUUAGCACAGGGUUGGUAGUAGAGUUCAGGACACCACUCCUCCAGUCCUCCUCUCCUCCUGUCUUCUGAUGGCCUAGUAUAGUUUAGCACAGGGUUGGUAGUAGAGUUCAGGACACCACUCCUCCAGCCCUCCUCUCCUCCUGUCUUCUGAUGGCCUAGUAUAGUUUAGCACAGGGUUGGUAGGAAUUUUGAUAGAGUUCAGGGUGGAUAUCAAGUCUCCCGAAGAAAGAUUUUCACAACACGGUGAAAGCAAUAUGGUGGAAAGUUAGUCAAGGAGUCUAUUUCCACACUAUGCUAUUUUUUUCUGGACUAGUGCAGAUCAGGGUUGAGGUCAAUUUCAGUUUAGAUAUUUCUUUUUUUAAAGAAAGUGAAAACUGAAUUGUCCCCAACCUUAAAGCAGAUGAGGAGACGAGGAGAACAACGUUAGACUAUUGAGACCCACCCCUAGAACAGUUAAACCUCUCCUUACCAAUCACUUCAAACUUCCCUGUCCUCUUCAGGAGUCGCUAGAAGCUGUCCCUAAUCGCUGAUGCAGGGUCAGAUGGUAUCAUAGAGGAGUCGCUAGAAGCUGUCCCUAAUCGCUGAUGCAGGGUCAGAUGGUAUCAUAGAGGAGUCGCUAGAAGCUGUCCCUAAUCGCUGAUGCAGGGUCAGAUGGUAUCAUAAAGGAGUCGCUAGAAGCUGUCCCUAAUCGCUGAUGCAGGGUCAGAUGGUAUCAUAAAGGAGUCGCUAGAAGCUGUCCCUAAUCACUGAUGCAGGGUCAGAUGGUAUCAUAAAGGAGUCGCUAGAAGCUGUCCCUAAUCGCUGAUGCAGGGUCAGAUGGUAUCAUAAAGGAGUCGCUAGAAGCGGUCCCUAAUCGCUGAUGCAGGGUCAGAUGGUAUCUCAUUUCCCAAAUGGUUAAAGGGAUAGUGUGAGAUUUUGGCAAUUAAGACUUUUUUUUCAGAUGAACUUGUGGACACCAAAACAGGCUGAAGUUUCAGGCAGUCUUUUCAAACAGCUCUAAAAGGGCAUCAUCAUUAUUUUAACAUUUUUCACAGUAUUAUUCCAUCCUCAUAGUAUGGAAAUAGAUUAUCAUAUUUUUUUUUUAACAAGUAAAUCUCUUUUUUUUCACUGCACGGGUCCUUUAAGGUCAGGGUACGGUUAGGGUUGACUGAUCCUAAAUAUGUGGUUAUUUAGAGGUAACCUACCAUACGUUUUUAAGGACGUCACAAUCAGGAUGCAUCUCACACAGGCAUUGGCCAGUCCAGUAUACACACACACCUAGUAUUCAUGGAGAACUGAUCCUGUUUUUAUAUGAUGUUUUGUUUUGUAUAUCAUGAUUGAUUAAUUUCUCUUUUUGGGAGAGGGAUGUCUUGAUUCUUCUGUUGGAUGUAUACAGAUCCUCUUUAUCUUAGUUAUUUUAUGUUAUUUUUUACAAAAUGUCCUUUUUUUGUGGUGCACGACCAUUUUAAAAUGGAGCAUAUGUCAUAUGAAACUUCCUCCUUGCUUUUAAUGAAGAAUUGAUGAUGAUGAUGAGUGAGGAUAGUGAAGAUGAUUAUAAGGGACAUGACCCCCUGACCUUAGUGACGGUAGUAGGGUUCAAAGGUCGGGGGUUCAGGAGUGGGGUUGUGUGAGGGUCAUGAUAUAAAAAAAAAAACAUGGUUCAAUCUGAAAGUUGUACUUAUGAGGUCUGUUCCAGUCGAGCUGCACACAACAACCAAUGGUUAUACGCCACGUCAUGGACUUCACAGUCGGGUAUCAGAUUGACUAUACAGUCACACCAGGCAGACAACCAAUGGUUAUACGCCACGUCAUCGACUUCACAGUCGGGUAUCAGAUUGACUAUACAGUCACACCAGGCAGACAACCAAUGGUUAUACGCCACGUCAUCGACUUCACAGUCGGGUAUCAGAUUGACUAUACAGUCACACCAGGCAGACAACCAAUGGUUAUACGCCACGUCAUCGACUUCACAGUCGGGUAUCAGAUUGCUACAUCCUAUGGUAUCUGUUUCCCAGACACAGAUUUGUCCUGGACUAAACAUUCUCCAUGGAGAUUUUUCAUUGGAAUACAUUUUGAAUCAGGUACCAGACUUAAUCUGUCUGGUUAACUGGACCUAGAUGUGGUCAGCUGAUAUGUUAAACACCUAUCCAGCCAAUGAAGGUUUAAUCUGUCCGGUUAACUGGACCUAGAUGUGGUCACCUAUCCAGCCACUGGAGGGUUAAUCUGUCUGGUUAACUGGACCUAGAUGUGGUCACCUAUCCAGCCACUGGAGGGUUAAUCUGUCUGGUUAACUGGACCUAGAUGUGGUCACCUAUCCAGCCACUGGAGGGUUAAUCUGUCUGGUUAACUGGACCUAGAUGUGGUCACCUAUCCAGCCACUGGAGGGUUAAUCUGUCUGGUUAACUGGACCUAGAUGUGGUCACCUAUCCAGCCACUGGAGGGUUAAUCUCUCUGGUUAACUGGACCUAGAUGUGGUCACCUAUCCAGCCACUGGAGGGUUAAUCUGUCUGGUUAACUGGACCUAGAUGUGGUCACCUAUCCAGCCACUGGAGGGUUAAUCUCUCUGGUUAACUGGACCUAGAUGUGGUCACCUAUCCAGCCACUGGAGGUGUAAUCUCUCUGGUUAACUGGACCUAGAUGUGGUCACCUAUCCAGCCACUGGAGGGUUAAUCUCUCUGGUUAACUGGACCUAGAUGUGGUCACCUAUCCAGCCACUGGAGGGUUAAUCUCUCUGGUUAACUGGACCUAGAUGUGGUCACCUAUCCAGCCACUGGAGGGUUAAUCUCUCUGGUUAACUGGACCUAGAUGUGGUCACCUAUCCAGCCACUGAAAGCGUAAUCAGCCUGGAACAUGUCCUCUGAGACGUAGUAAAAAGCUGGUAUUUAAGUUCACUAGUCCGGCUCUCACCAUCACAACAUGAUGUAUGUUGGAGACACUUCUCCCCCCCCAACACAAGCCUAAUAUAAUAUUUGUUGUUUUCAUAAAUGUUCUAUCCAGUGCCAAGAGCAGUGAUUGUUAUCUGGAUCUUUCAUCUUUUUAUUUGAUGUUUCUGUCUGGUCUUUUUAUUUUCUUAUUGUUCAUAGUGUAACUGCCUAACGUCGCUGAUUUAAAUAAAGUAAAUUGAUUUAUAAGUAA